GCGCGGCCGUAUAUCGCGCGUGGUCCGGUUUCCGACGUCGACGUGAUAGACGUUGCUGACUUUUCCUCCAAAAUAAAGAAGAAAUCUUUCUCUUAUUUGUUGUAAAAUAUAACGUGUUAACAGUUCAGAAUGCCGGGCCCUGACGACGACGAUCGGAAGAAUUCAGAUCGUCGGAAGAGAAGUCGGAGUAGGGAGGGCAGACGUAGCCGGAGUCGCAGCCACAGCCGUGAACGAAGGCGCCGCAGCAGAAGUCGAAGCAGAGACCGGGACAGGAAAGCCAGACGCAGUCGUUCUCCAGUGGCACACAGACGUCGUCGCAAGCCACACAAGUACUGGGAUGUCCCUCCCGUAGGCUUUGAGCACAUCACCCCACAGGAGUACAAGGCUAUGCAAGGAUGUCCGGACGCAGUGCAAGCUGCAGGGACUGGUCCAGUCCCACCCAUACCCAGCCUGCAAGCCAUGCCGGUGGUUCCAACCCCGGUCAUGAUGCCAACACCGGCCGCUGCCAUGCCCAUCGUAGCCAAUCAGAUGACCAGACAGGCCCGACGACUCUACGUGGGAAAUAUCCCAUUCGGUGUGACGGAGGUGAGGUUGAGGGACCAAAUGGUGGACUUCUUCAACAACAAGAUGCAGGAGCUGCGCCUGUCCACCAACCCCGGGAAGCCCGUCCUGGCUGUACAGGUCAACCAUGACAAGAACUUCGCCUUCCUUGAGUUCCGUUCGGUUGAUGAGACAACCCAAGCCAUGGCGUUCGACGGUAUCAUGUACCAGAACCAAUGCCUGAAGAUUCGUCGGCCCAAGGACUAUCAACCCAUGCCCGGUGUGGCAGAGACGCCAUCCUUGCAUGUCCCAGGCGUGGUCUCCACCGUUGUGCAGGAUUCUCCCCACAAGAUCUUCAUCGGAGGCCUGCCGAACUACUUGACCGAUGACCAGGUGAAGGAGUUGCUGUCAUCAUUUGGGGUUUUGAAGGCCUUCAACCUGGUGAAAGACAGUGCCACGUCAAUGUCCAAAGGCUACGCUUUCUGCGAGUAUGUGAAGACCGAAGUCACUGAUCAGGCUAUUGAGGGGCUGAACGGCAUGCAACUUGGAGAGAAGAAACUGAUCGUCCAGAGGGCCAGCGUUGGAGCCAAGAAUCCCAGCGCUCAAGCCAUGGCUGCCCAGACAGUACAGCUCAACAUCCCCGGCUUGAAUCUGCCAGGCACGGCUGGCCCACAGACGGAGAUCCUGUGUCUGAUGAACAUGGUCACCGCUGACGAUCUCAAGGAUGACGAUGAAUAUGAAGAUAUUGUUGAUGACGUACGCGAUGAGUGCGGCAAGUAUGGCAACGUGCGCAGCAUUGAGAUACCCAGACCCAUCGAAGGCCUUGACGUCCCUGGAUGCGGAAAGAUUUUUGUGGAGUUCAGCAACCUAAUGGAAUCCCAAGCCGCCCAACAGGGUCUCUCCGGUCGCAAGUUUGCCAACCGCGUCGUCGUGACCUCCUUCUUCGACCCCGGCGCCUACCACCGCCGAGAUUUCUAGAGAGGAGGCAUCCGAUUAAAGUCCCUCCAUCCACAAGUCAUCACAAUUUCACCAAAUUAUGCCAUGAAAACUUAUAAAUAAAAAAUUCUUGCAUUUUCUAAAGCAACUGAUACUCGAUAACAUUAAACUCAAUUAGCAAAUUCUACAGGCUACUGAUUGUGAAAGUAGGGACAAAAUCUGCUUGGAACUAACAACCAAUUUUUAGCUGUCUCGUGUACAUUUAUUAAUUUCUUCACUAACUUAGAAUGUACUUUAAAAUAGUACAAAAGUUGACUUGACUAUAAAAAAAAUAUCCAUUUUUGUCGGAAAAAUUUGUCUAGGUUGGAAAAGUCCGAUGGUAUGUGUGAUUUAACUCUCUCUUUGACUGUGUAAAUAUUAUCUUCGAAUAAAGACCACUUCAAUUUGCAUUUUCCUAGACUUACAAAUAAUAGUAUUUCACAGAAAACUGUUUUUGUCCCCGCGAGUGUCUCUGUUUUGUUCAGAUUAAAAAAAUUUGCAGACUGAUCUGAAA